ACUAGUUGUCAACAUACAUUUUGCAAAUUACCGUUGAAAAUUACACAAGAGUAAAUUUUAUAAUGGAAUAACUCCAGACCUCCAUUACGACCAGCCACAUUGGUAGAAUGUCUCUUCCGUGGCAACAAAUCACAAAUUUGCCGUCCAAAGGAUACAUACAAAUCGCCAAGGAUUUUUUCGCCGACGUUCCCACAAUUAUCUAUGAGUUGACAAAGCCCCGACUGAGCCUGCUGCUGAUCCGUCCGACAACAAGAUGAAGGAAGAGGACGCCGUUAAGAACAACGCCGUAAGCAAUCAAGCUAACCCGGUCGAGACUGCUGAUGACACUGUUGACAUAAACAAUGAAAAUGAUGUUAUUGAGGCUGCCAUUAAUAAAAUUGAGAACGACAACAAAGAGGCUGCAAAUAUGAAUGUUGACGGUGUCAACAAUCAAGUUAAGGAAGUCGCCGGGGAAGGUGCCAACAAUGUGAAGGAAGUUGUGGAAGAAAAAGCAGACGUCAUACUUACCCCGGAAGAUGUGGUCAACAAAAUUGAUGAGACUACAAAAGAAGUUAAGGGAGACGAAGCUGCUGCUGCGAAUGUAGAGCCUGCAAAAGAAGAAGAAGAAGGUGCAAAAAGUACUGCCGGCGAUAUCAAUGAUGAGAAAGAGGAAGUCGAAAAAAAAGCUUAUCAAUUGCAUGAUGAAGAUCUUUAUAACUAAAGAGAAACUAAGAUUUGUCUCAUUUUUCAUAUUUACAUUUUGAAAAUUAGUUAUUUUGUAUUAUUUUCUAAAACAUAAAAAAUAUUUUACUUUCAAUCAACAUUCCAAGUGUGUGGAACUACUUUUGUUUACGAUGGCGGAGAAACAUCAAUUCAUAUGUCAUGUUUGCAUUUGAAAAAUAAUAUUCUUGUGUAAUUUUUUGGAACAUAAUAAAUUUUAUAAAAGACAA